AUGGAGUGCCCUUUGCCCCCAGGCCUGCAGACGCUGGCCCUGCUGACGCAGCAGGCGCGCUACGAGCUGCGCGUGGAGCUCGAGGACUUCGAGAACAACUCGGCGUCGGCCACGUACGGCUCCUUCGCGCUCUCGCCCACGGCCGUCAGCCCCGAGGAGGACGGCUACGCCCUGCACGUCGCCGGCUUCGUCGACGGCGGCGCCGGCGACUCGCUGAGCUACCACAACGGGCAGAAGUUCUCCACCUUCGACCGCGACCAGGACCUGUUCGCGCAGAACUGCGCCGCGCUCUCCUCGGGCGCCUGGUGGUUCCGCAGCUGCCACUUCUCCAACCUCAACGGCUUCUACCUGGCCGGGCCGCACCUCUCCUACGCCAACGGCAUCAACUGGGCCCAGUGGAAGGGCUUCUACUACUCGCUCAAGCGCAGCGAGAUGAAGAUCCGCCGCCUCUGAGCCCCGCCCCCGCCCCCGCCCC